AAUCCUUUUUUUUCUUUUAAAUCUAGAUAUAUAGAAAUAUUUCCAAGUCGGAGGAGUGAAGUUCGAACCCAUAGCGGUUUAUAUAGAGGGAAGAAGAUGACUACAUAUCCGAAUGCUAAACCGAUAAAAGAAACCGAAUCAGUCUUUGAAGAAAACGAAUUGAGUCAGACCCUUGGACCAGCUGCAGCUUGUGAAAAUGAAAAAGAAAAUGAACCUUAUAGAGAAGUGAUUGAAAAGCCUCGGGAUGCUUCAGAAUUUGUGAUUACCUCCUCAUCGUUGCAUUUGGUCCAUCUGAGGGGUCUGCCAUUUCAAGCUAGUGCCCAAGACAUUGUAAAUUUUUUUGCUCCACUGAAACCUGCAAAAAUCACUAUGGAAUAUAAUUCUAUUGGCAAAGCUACAGGAGAAGCAGAUGUAUAUUUUGAGAGUCACGAAGAUGCAGUUGCUGCUAUGGUCAAGGACAGAUCACACGUGCAACAUAGAUAUAUUGAAUUAUUCCUGAAUUCAUCUCCAAAAAGAAAACAAGAGAACCAGUGACAAUGGCACAGUCCCAAACUAGG